AUGAUUUCUCAUGACGAGGAAACGCCCUUGCUACACUCCGAACGUCAUGGAAAGAAGAAGGCAACUCCUCUACCAUGGUUCCAGUUUUCCAUCACACUUUUUCUCCAGCUCGCAGAGCCCUUGACCUCACAAGUCAUUUACCCAUUCAUGCCAGAACUCAUCCGCGACCUAGGGGUGACUCAUGGAAACGAAUCACAAGUUGGUUAUUAUGUUGGCAUGAUGCAAUCGAUAUUCUUCCUGACGCAAGCCUGCACCGUUCUUCACUGGAGCUCAAUAUCCGAUCGAGUCGGUCGAAAACCCGUGAUUUUAACGGGUCUCUUUGGGUUAUCGGUGUCCAUGUACUGCUUUGGACUUUCGCGAACGUUUUGGGGACUUGUGUUGAGUCGGAGUCUUAACGGCGCCUUGAAUGGCAAUAUUGGUGUCAUAAAAAGCAUGAUGGCUGAAAUGACAGACGAAACGAACAUUUCUAAAGCAUACGCUUAUAUGCCCAUCGCAUGGUCAACUGGUGGGACGCUUGGUCCCAUCAUUGGCGGCUCGCUUUCACGACCGGCCGAAAGAUUUCCUCAUAUUUUCGGCGAUAACGACUUUCUGAAAAAAUAUCCUUAUUUCUUGCCCUGCGCGGUUCCAGCGACGUUUUCUGCUAUUGCUUGGCUGGUUACAUUCCUUUUUCUGAAGGAAACCCUACCCUCGCCAAUUCCGGUUUCUCAGUUACUCAAAGUCCGCAAGGGCAAGGCUAACCUUGCCCUUCAAAACGUUGUUGGCUCCCAGAAUUUAUCCAUAACAGAGACCACCGUCGUGACUGGGAAAGAUCGUCAUGAGAGUCCUGUGUCGUUUCGGGAACUUUUGACUCCAAGGGUACUCAUAGCAGCAGCAAAUUAUGCUUUCCUCUCUCUCGUGGACAUUGCUUUUCGAGCCAUCCAGCCGCUCUUCCUCUCCACUCCCAUUCAUCUCGGUGGUCUGGGCUUGCCCCCAUCCACCAUUGGCAAAAUUCUAUCUGUAUUUGGCGUUCUGAAUGGAAUGUUUCAAGUGUUUUUCUUCGCUGGCAUCCAUGAUCGAUGGGGUUCCAAGAAAGUCUUCACCGCAGGCAUUGCCUCAGCACUUCCUGCAUUCGCAUGCUUUCCCGCAAUCAAUUACUUGGCCCGUGUAUCGGGAUACAGCAAUGCGCUAUGGGCUUUGGUUGGAUUCCAAAUUGUCAUCUCGAUAGGCUUGAGCCUGUCAUACGGGGCUAUCUUUAUAUUUAUAUCUGCAGCCUCGCCUAACAGAGCAUCUCUUGGUGCAACGAACGGCCUAAGUCAGACAACCGUUAGCCUUAUGCGAGCAAUCGGACCAGCUAUGGCCAACUCCCUCUUCUCGUUUUCUAUAGAGAAGGGGUUUCUUGGGGGCCAUCUUGUGUAUUACAUCCACCUCAUCCUUGUGUGCAUAGCAUUAGGUGUGGCUUCGCUGCUCCCUCGCCACAUUUGGACGACAUAA